AUGGCUACCCCUAGUGUCCUAGCUUUUGACGCUGAGGGUCGCGCCAUUGAUUUUGAGGUCUGGUUGGACGACCUGCAGCUGUUCUUACAGUGCGAUAGGACUGACGACCUUUCUCUCUUUGACCUCACCUCUGGCGCCUCUCCUGCUCCUGCUGCUGAUGCUGAUCCCGCUGUCCGCUCUAAGUGGGCCACCCGCGAUGCUGCUGCACGUCUUGCUGUGCGUCGCCACCUCCCUACCUCUGAGCGUGCGCACUUUAGUCAGUACAAGAGUGCUCAGACCUUGUACGGCGCUGUAGUUGCGCGCUACUCCUCCCCUGCCACUGCUGCACUGAGCCGUCUCAUGCUUCCCUACCUCUUUCCUGACCUCUCUGCCUUUCCCACUGUCGCUGACCUCAUUACGCACCUCCGCACUAGCGACACUCGCUACCGCGCCGCCCUUCCUGCUGAGUUCUGCGCUAACAACCCCCCCCCCAUGUACAUCGCUCUCUACUACGUAGUCGCGCACCUCCCUGACUCCCUUCGCGUCGUCAGGGACCACUUUCUCGCAGUCUGUCCCACCACCCUCACCGUCGACCUCCUCGAGAAGGCCCUCCUUGCAGCGGAGAAGAGCAUAGUCGCUGUAGGUGCUUCUCGUGGUGACCCUCGCACCCCCAUCUUUGAGGGGUGCUCUCCUUCCCCCUUGCUUCCCUCUGUUGCCUCUGCUGCUGCUGCCGACCUGCUUGGUCUUGAGUCGGUCGGCGCGGCGUCUGCCCCUAGUGGGAGACGUCGCUCCAGCAAGGGCAAGGGGGGCAAGGGCGCGGGUGGAGCUGGAGGGGGCGGUGGCGGUGGCGGCGGUGGCGGCGGAGGAAGUGGGGGUGGCGGCGGGGCUAGUGGCGGGGGUGGUGGUGGUGGUGGUGGCAGCAGCGGCGGAGACGGUGGUGGUGGUGCCAGCGGUGGUGGUGGAGGCAGCGGCGGAGGUGGAGGCGGCGGAGGUGGAGGCGGUGGAGGCGGCAGCGGAGGAGGCAGUGGUGGUGGAGGAGGUGGAGCUGGUCGGGGUGGUACCCAGCAGCGUAGCGGCGGUGGUGGUGGCCAGCGCUCGCACCGGCAGCAGCAGCAGCGCUCGCGGGACAUCCCUUCGCCUCAGCAGCUUCGUGAGUGGUACGCUGGGCGUCAGAGCGGUGGGGGUACUGGUCCCUGCACCUACGUUCUUCGUUCCAGCGACCGCGCGGGUGAGCAGUGUGGGGGUGCCCACGCCACCCAGCGCUGCUUUGGCCGCCUGACGGACGCCUGGCGUCAGCAGUUCCCUGGGGCUAGUGAGAUCCCUCGCUGGGAUGAGCUUCUCAGGGCUGGUGUAGCGAUCUUUGAUCUUGAUUUUGAUGCUAUCCUUACUGCUAUGUAUGUUGUGGAUUAUAGUGAGGAGAAUGAGGGUUACCGUUGUUUCCAGCCCGACCCGGGCAUUGGUACUGCUGCGCUAGGUACUUGUGAGGCUCUUGCUCUAGGUGCCAGUGCGUCUGCGCUCUCAGGUACUGGUGAGACUGCGCUCUCAGGUACUGCGUCGUCCUCGUCCUCCCUCACUUUCACACUUGACUCCGGAGCUUCUCGCUCCUUCUUUCGAGACCGCACUACCCUUACGCCGCUCGGCCGACCGGUUGCAGUCUCCCUUGCUGACCCCUCUGGAGGUCCUGUCCUGUCUCACUUCUCCACUGUCCUCCCGUGUCCGGCUGCCCCUUCGGGCACCCUGUCGGGUCUGUACCUUCCCUCGUUCUCUACAAACUUGGUGAGUGGAGCGGACCUGCAGGAUGGGGGUGUUCACCAGUUUACUCCUGCGAGUCAGCGGGUGACCCACUGCACGGAGGCACGCACAGGCCGACACCUGGCCACGUUCUCGCAUCGGCCGGGGUCGAGUCUCUACACCCUGACCGUUGAGUCUCCUCCUGUCCCUGCGUCUGGUCAGGUGGCUGCGUCGGGUCAGGUGCUUGCUGCUGCGUCCCGGUCAGGUCCUGAGUCUGCCCCCUGUUCUUGUCGCCUCCUGUCUCACGAGACUCUCCUGUGGCACCACCGUCUUGGCCACCCCUCCUUGCCCCGUCUUCGGAGCAUGGCUUCCCGUGUCCUUGUCUCUGGUCUUCCCCAGUCUCUCCCUCCUCUCCCCUCCGGGCCAGGACCUUCCUGUGUCCCCUGUGUUGAGGGUCGCCUCCGGGCUACUCCUCGCUCCUCCCACUUCCCCCCGACAGAGGCUCCCCUGCAGACGCUUCACAUGGAUGUGUGGGGCCCAGCCCCCGUCCGUGGGCAGGGUUACGAGCGCUACUUCCUGUUCGUGGUUGACGACUACUCGCGUUACACCACAGUCCUCCCCUUACGCAGCAAGGGUGCGGUCACUGAGACCUUCACGCUUUCGGACUCACCACAGCAAAAUGGGAUUGCUGAGCGCCGCAUUGGCAUGGUCAUGGAUGUCGCUCGUACGUCCAUGAUGCAUGCGGCUGCCCCCCAUUUUCUGUGGCCGUUUGCGGUGAGGUACGCGGCGCAUCAGCUCAACCUUCACCCCCGGGUCUCUCGGCCUGCGAUGUCCCCAGCCUUGCUGUGGACGGGGAAGGUUGGCGAUGCGUCUGUGUUCCGUGUCUGGGGAUCUCGGGCGUUUGUCCGCGACUUGUCUGCGGACAAGCUGUCCCCUCGUGCUGCUCCCUGUGUCUUCCUUGGCUUCCCCACUGACGCCCCAGGGUGGCAGUUUUACCACCCCUCCUCUCGUCGUGUUCUGUCCUCCCAGGACGUCACGUUCGACGAGUCAGUCCCCUUCUACCGUCUCUUCCCCUACCGCACUCCUUCCCUCCCACCUCCCCCGGACUUCCUUGUGCCGGUUCCCCCCCCGGUAGACCCCCUCCCCCCUCAGGUUCCUGCCCCCUCAGGUGUGUCCCAGGUAGACGCCGUUGACCCGGUCGAGGUUACUGGUGACUCUGGUGCUGCUGCGGGUGCUGAGCCUGGGGGUGCUGACUCUGGGGGUGCUGUGCGCGGGGGUGCUGAGCCUGGGGGUGCUACUGCUAGAGGUGCUGGGCCUGAGGGUGCUACUGCGGAGGGUGCGGAGCCUGGGGGUGCUGAGCCGGGGGGUGCUGUGCCUGGGGGUGCUGGGUCGGGAGCUGCUGAGCCUGGGGGUGCUGAGCUGGGAGCUGCUGAGCCUGGGGGUGCUGCGUCUGGAGCUGCUGAGUUUGGGGUUUCUCCUGUUGCUGCGUCUCGCCGGGAGCCCCUCUCUCCACAGGAGCUGCGCGAGUGGUUCGCUCGCCGCUGGAGGCGUGCUGCUGAGUCUGGAGGUGCUGCUGGAGCUGGAGCUGGAGCUUCUUCGACCGUCGUGGGUGCGGGUGCUGCCGGUCCCGGAGCUGCUGGACCUGCGGGUCCUCCUGGAGCUGGAGCUGCUGAGGGCGCUGGUGCUGAGCCUACUGCUGUUGGUCCUGCCGCUGGAGGUGUGGGUGGCGCUGGUGCUGUCGCUGAGGGUGCUGGUGCUGUCCCUGCUGCGUCUGGAGCUGCCGCGCGGCCUCGGUCGUACUUCGUUCCGCUCCUGCAGCAGUCGGACUCUCUUCGUGCUGCCAGUCCUACUGUCACGCGUCUGCUUGCUACUGUCGUCACUGACCCCUCUUUUGAGUCCACUGCUGCGUCUGCUCUAGUCGCUGAGCUCGUCGACUUUGCUGCUCGCUGUCAGGACAGGCAGGAGGAGUUACAGUGUCUAGCGGCUGCUUCACCUCAUCUCGCGUCUGUACUGCUUGCCCCUGAGGGAGACCCGGAUGCACUAGACAUCCCGACUCCGCGUUCUUACGCGGAGGCCGUAGAGGGUCCCUACUCCUCUCAGUGGCAGGCAGCUAUGGAUGCAGAGAUGGCUUCUUGGAAGUCCACAGGCACCUACGUUGACGCGGUUCCCCCUCCUGGGGCGAACAUCGUCAGUGGCAUGUGGAUCUUCAGGGUGAAGCGGCCGCCGGCCUCUCCACCUGUCUUCAAGGCACGGUACGUUGCUCGUGGCUUCAGUCAGCGGCACGGAGUUGACUACUUUCAGACCUUCUCUGCCACCCCGAAGAUGACUACUCUUUGGGUGCUGCUGCACAUAGCCGCUCAGCGCGACUACGAGCUUCACUCUCUCGACUUCAGCACUGCGUUCUUGCAGGGUAGCCUGCACGAGGAGAUCUGGCUGCGUCGUCCACCUGGCUUCACUGGGACUUUCCCUCCUGGCACCCAGUGGAGCCUCCGACGGCCAGUCUACGGUCUCCGCCAGGCACCGCGUGAGUGGCACGACACACUGAGGACUACGCUUGCGGCUCUUGGGUUUGCUCCUUCUACUGCUGACCCGUCGCUGUUUCUUCGCACCGACACUUCCCUGCUGCCGUUCUACAUCCUCGUUUACGUCGACGACUUGGUCUUUGCCACAGCGGACACUGCUGGACUCGCCUACGUGAAGUCCGAGCUGCUGAAGAGACACACGUGCACAGACCUGGGUGAACUGCACAGCUACCUUGGCUUGCAGAUCACUCGGGACAGAGCACGCCGCACCAUUACCUUGACUCAGUCACACAUGGUGCAGCAGGUCCUUCAGCGCUUCGGCUUCACGUACUCCUCGCCUCAGGCCACUCCUCUGCCUACUCGCCACUCACUCUCAGCUCUGCCUUCGGAUGAGUCCGUAGAGUCGAGUGGUCCGUAUGCAGAGCUUGUUGGCUGCCUCAUGUACCUGAUGACCUGCACACGACCUGACCUUGCAUACCCUUUGAGCAUUCUUGCUCGCUAUGUUGCUCCUGGGAGACACAGACCGGAGCACAUGGCUGCAGCGAAGAGGGUAUUGCGCUACCUGUGCAGCACGUCGGGCAUGGGGCUAGUGCUUGGAGGGCGGAGUCUAGUGGUCCUUACCGGCCACGCGGACGCUUCUUGGGCUGACGACCAGGCUACGCAGCGGUCGUCACAGGGUUACACCUUCAGCCUUGGUUCCGGCUCUGUCUCGUGGCGGUCUACUCGCUCGUCUUCGGUUCUCGGCUCCAGUUGUGAGGCUGAGAUCUACGCCGGGGCCAUGGCUGCACAGGAGCUUCGCUGGCUCACCUACCUGCUGACUGACCUUGGAGAGCCGCCUCGUUCUCCUCCAGUGCUGUACGUAGACAACAAGGCCAUGCUGGCCUUGUGUCGAGAGCAGCGCUUGGAGCACAGAACGAAGCACAUUGCUCUCCGCUACUUCCUUGCUCGUCAGCUGCAGCAGCGUGGUCAGUUGCGACUUGCGUACGUGGCCUCUGAGGCCAACACUGCUGAUGUGUUCACCAAGGCACUCGCGCCUUGUGACCAUCAGCGCUUUUGCACCCAGCUGGGUCUUGUGCCUGUCUUGCCUCACUUGCUCUCCUCUUGA